AUGCCCGUCAUCCGACUUGCCAGCCGAGGCACCUUGAACGACCCUAAAGAUCGGGGCGCGAUUUCUGAGAUGCUGCCAUCAAGAGGUGAAGACCAGGAAAACGUCUGGAGCAUCCUGGGUCAACACCUUUUUGGACAGAACCUGAACCUGAUCUUCUCCGAUGCGGUACACUCGCCCAAUGCCGUGCAUUUCGAGCAUCGAAUGUGGAGGAAGUACGGCCUUCUACCAGGCCUGAGCACCGGAAAAAGCCACGCACCGCUGGCUGUGGUUUGGGACGACUGCCAGCAAGGUUUGCUUGCCUGUGCCAUCCUGCAGGUCAUCCAGCAGCUGGUCGCAGAUACUCUUGGCCACGAGAGUUUGGCCUUGGCACCCACAUGGCUCAGCGUUUGCCUUGGCUCCUUCUCCAUCCUGGGCUCCUGGGGUCCCGGCUACAGGAGCCACAAGGUGUGUCUCUUCACGAACUAUGCGAUCUUCGAUGCUCCACGGGCACAGACAGAUCCAUUCGACCCAAGUGAUCAAGCUACGAUUGGUGGCUGGAUGGUAUCUGACAACGAUCUGGUCUGUUUCGCGCGGGGAGAAUGGGCAGUACUUCAGGAACCCAGGUUCUGGGAGAAGUUUGCGUCCGCCAGUGGCUGCGGGACAGAAGCGUAG